UGUAACAUUUUACUUCCUUCCACACAGACCGACACGAACAAAUCGAGAAAGAAGACGUCGCUAACUUUAAAAUACCGUCGCUAACGGUGGUGUUUUGAUCUGAUAGUUCGUAAAAUUUCCACUCUUAAAAAUGCGCGAUGUGGCGAGUGGUGUGUAAGAAGUGAAGAAUUGUUAAGAAACGUAGGUUGUAACGUGUAGGCCUCCGAAGAAAGUUUGGUCGGGGCCUGUAAACAACAUGUCCUCCACCUCGCAGUCUUCCUCCAGACGGCAAUGGUGCUACCUCUGCGACCUGCCGAAGAUGCCCUGGGCCAUGCUGUGGGAGUUCAGCGAGGCUGUGUGCCGGGGAUGUGUCAACUACGACGGGGCGGACAGGAUAGAGCUACUCAUUGAGACUGCCAGGCAGCUGAAGAGCACACACGGAGUUUUAGACGGCAGGUCCCCCGGUCCCCAGCAGGGUAAACCCAGCUCGUCCGGGCCCCUUGAAGCAGGGAGGCAGCAUGGAGAGCGUAUAGAAAGGGGGAGGGGUGAGUACGGGGUGUCUUCUCGACUCCCCAAUGGCCUGCACAGAGCUGAGGAUGUGAGCUCAGAGGGCAGCAGACAGAGCCCGAACACCCGCCGAGCUAUAGUCGGGGCAGUUCCUAGUCUUCAUGGAACAAUAUCUCAUGCGUUGAUAGCUCAGGGGUUGGUAGCAGCCCCUCAUGGGCUUCUAACCCCCUUAUCAGGCUCCAGGGCUGGGGGCACACCAAUUGCAGUCUCAGCUGGCCCCAUUAUGGGAGACGGUGGCAGAAGGCAGGUUGUGUCCCUGGGUGUGGGAGCUAGCACCUCAGCUCUGGUGGGUAUAGAUCCUGCAGUGUGGAGGAACAAUGAGGUGAUGGCAGAACUGAAUGAGGUGGCUCGCAGCCGGGUUGAAGGCUGGCCAAAUCGUCCCAAAGCAGUCAGGGAUGUGCUUGUAGCGCUCAGCAGCUGUGUCCCCUUUAAUGUGCGCUUCAGGAAAGACCAUAAUCUGAUGGGUCGUGUUCUGGCCUUUGAUGCCAGCACAACUCCAGAGUUUGAGCUGAAAGUGUUUGUGGAGUACCCUGCUGGCUCUGGAAUGAUCUUCUCAGGAGUCCCUGACCUGGUCAGGCAGAUGUUCCGUGACUCAGCCAAAGAUGCAGGUAAAGCGGUGAACUCUGGGCUACGGUAUGUGGAAUAUGAGAAGCGGCAAGGCACCGGAGACUGGCGUGGGCUUUCUGAGCUGUUGAAUGAUGGUGUGCGAAUGUUUAAAGAACCCCCAAUUCCAGAGGUCCUGCCACAGCCAGAUGCAGGUAUGCCUAUGGCAGCAGCUGGACGCCCUGCUGCAGCGAAGAGCACCACCCGGCGUCGCAAGGCUUCCCCGGGCUCUGAGAAUGGAGAGAGCGAAGGCAGGCCUGAUCACCCAGCGAGAGAGCCCUGGCCACGAGGUGCUUACUCGGGUAUGGAGCCUCUUCCUGGCAUGGCUGCCCCUCAGGAGGGCCCACCCCGUCUACACAGCCAGCCCUCACCCAUCUCAGCACUCAUGGGAGUCGCAGACAGCCUGAGCUCCAGUCAGAUGGCCAGAGACAGCCCCAGCAUGUCCACAGCCCACUCCUCAGCUGGGCGUCCCACCAGCAGCAGCCCAUCAACUUCCUCCACCUCCGUCUCCCAGGCAGCCUUGGGUCAGGGUUUGAGUGCGGGGGGGCAAAGCACCAAUGCCAGUGCUGGGGAUUCUGCUAGCAGCUCUCAGGGCACCCUGCUCUGUUGCACCCUCUGCAGAGAGCGCCUGGAGGACACUCACUUCGUCCAGUGUCCGUCUGUCCCGCACCACAAGUUCUGCUUCCCCUGUACAAGAGGAUUCAUCCGCAGCCAGGGUCAGGGUGGGGAGGUGUACUGCCCCAGCGGAGAGCGCUGUCCCUUGGCCGGUUCCUCUGUGCCUUGGGCCUUCAUGCAGGGAGAGAUCUCCACCAUCUUGGCUGGAGACGGAGACGUGACAGUAAAGAAGGAGAGCGACCCUUGACUGCUCCAUCUUGUCGUGGUGAAUGUGGAUCAAACACUUUGAAAGCACUUCCCUAUAAUCUCAAGCAGAGGUCCACUGUGGCUGCAGCUCAUCAUGUGUGCCUCUGAGAACAGAAGAACUCUGACCCCCGGGAGAACAGCUACACACACACACUGUUAACUAAAGACACACCAAGACUCACUGAUGAGGAGAGGGGCGUGUCCUCUGUCAGGACUCGUCACAGCUGGAUGUCCAAUCCUGACCAAACCUCUCCUCUCCAUCAGGCCUCGCCUUCAGAGCCCAGGAUAGAAAGCACAUGCUUGUUUUAGGAAAUGACAAUCUAUUUGGUUUUUCAUUUGUGUUACUGUUAUACAUGUUGCAUACUGUCCUAAACAUAUGGGUGACAGCGAUAUUGACAGAUUGUUGGACCUCUUCAAAAAAACAAAUGAAUGUUCAAAAAUGUGGCAAAACCAUCGGGUCCUUAAAGCCAAGGAUUGAAAAAAUGUAAUCUCACAUGUUUCUUAGGUAUUCUCAUUAUAUUGUCUGUCAAAUGUGAAUUUACUUUCAAUAUGGCUAUGUAAUUUCUAUUUUUGAUACAAUACAAAUUUAUAUGCAUUUGUUUAUAGUGAUAAGAAGACCAAAGAUGGCUUCCUGCUCAAUGUAAUUUUAUUGUAUUGUAGCUGUAUAUGCUGUACUCACUGAUAACCUUGGCAUCGGUCACUAAUUUGUUCAUCUAUCACAGAGGUAAGCUUGUUUUGUCUAUUUACUUUUAGAAUGAUAUGUAUGUUAAGAUAAUUAGCACCACAAUCUUCAAUGGUUAAACCACAUACUCGUGAUGUUAACAGGUCAAUUCUACAAUAAAUUACAAAAUAGUCAUCGCUCA